AUGCGGGCUACGGAGCUGCCGACCUUCCUCCUGCUGCUCGCGGGGACUCUGACCGAGACCUGGGCGGGCUCCCACUGCCUGAGGUAUUUCUACACCGCCGUGUCCCGGCCCGGCCGCGGGGAGCCCCGCUUCAUCGCCGUCGGCUACGUGGACGACACGCAGUUCGUGCGGUUCGACAGCGACGCCGAGAGUCCGAGGAUGCAGCCGCGGGCGCCAUGGGUGGAGCAGGAAGGGCCUGAGUAUUGGGAAGAGCAGACACAGAUCGCCCAGGAAGCCGCAGAGAAUUUCCGAGUGAACCUGAACACCCUGCGCGGCUACUACAACCAAAGCGAGGCCGGGUCUCACAGCAUCCGGCACAUGUAUGGCUGCGACGUGGGGCCGGACGGGCGCCUCCUCCGCGGGUACAGUCAGUUCGCCUACGACGGCGCCGAUUACCUCGCCCUGAACGAGGACCUGCGCUCCUGGACCGCGGCGGACACGGCGGCUCAGAUCACCCGGCGCAAGUGGGAGGCGGCCGGUGUGGCGGAGGACUUCAGGAACUACCUGGAGGGCACGUGCGUGGAGUGGCUCCUCAGAUACCUGGAGAACGGGAAGGAGACGCUGCAGCGCGCGGAACCCCUAAAGACACAUGUGACCCACCACCCCAUCUCUGACCAUGAGGUCACCCUGAGGUGCUGGGCCCUGGGCUUCCACCCUGCGGAGAUCACCCUGACCUGGCAGCGUGAUGGAGAGGACCUGACCCAGGACACGGAGCUUGUGGAGACCAGGCCUGCAGGGGACGGGACCUUCCAGAAGUGGGUGGCUGUGGUGGUGCCUUCUGGAGAGGAGCAGAGAUACACGUGCCAUGUGCAGCACGAGGGGCUGCCUGAGCCCCUCACCCUGCGAUGGGAGCCGCUGCCUCAGGCCGCCAUGCCCAUCGUUGCUGAUUCGGUUCUCCCUAAAAUUUGUGUACCUGUGGCAGCUGUGGUAGCUGUGGCCGCUGUGGCAGCUGUGUUCGCAGUGAUAGCUGUGGUAGCUGGCAUAUUUGCAUUUGUGAACUGGAAGAAACGCUCAG